CUUCCUAGUCCUUAUACGUUUACUCUCAUUCCAUAUCAACGUCCCUCCUAUAUAUCUUUAAUUAACUCUCAUUUUUUUGCUGCAUUGUUCUAGAGCUAGACAUAGUAUGUGUGUGAUUGCCAAAAUCCCUCCGUUCUUGUGCAUGUCCUCGUUAUGAAUCUUAAUUAAUUAAUUGGUUGUCUAUCUCCAGGCUACAAUAAAGAGGAAAAAUCGCUUUUGGGUAAUUAAUUAAUUUGAAACAAUAAAGACAAAGAAAUGUGGAAGCUUAGGAUCGGAGAGGGUGGAAACGAUCCGUACUUGGAUAGCACCAACAAUUUCGUGGGCCGGCAAACAUGGGAGUUCGACCCUACCGCCGGAACGCCGGAAGAACUCGCGGAGAUGGAAGCCGCCCGCCGGGAGUUUUGGAACAACCGAUAUAAGGUCAAGCCUAGUAGUGAUCUUCUUUGGAGAAAUCAGUUUCUCAGAGAGAAGAAUUUCAAACAAACAAUCUCACUCGUGAAGGUGAAAGAUGGAGAAGAAAUCACCCAUGAAACGACAACUAUUGCCUUGAAAAGAGCAGUCCAAUUAUUCUCUGCCCUGCAAGCCAGUGAUGGUCACUGGCCUGCUGAAAAUAGUGGUCCCUUGUUCUAUCUUCCACCAUUGAUCAUGUGUAUGUACAUCACCGGCCACCUUAAUACACUUUUCUCAUCAGAACACCGCAAAGAGAUUCUUCGAUACAUAUACUGUCACCAGAAUGAAGAUGGUGGAUGGGGGCUUCACAUAGAAGGCCAUAGCACUAUGUUUUGCACCACCUUGAGCUACAUUUGUAUUCGCAUUCUUGGAGAGGGGCCAAAUGGUGGUGAGAACAAUGCAUGUUGUAAGGCAAGAAAAUGGAUUCUUGAUCAUGGAAGCGUUAAAUCUAUUCCUUCUUGGGGGAAGACUUGGCUCUCGAUACUUGGAGUAUUUGACUGGGCAGGAACUAACCCUAUGCCUCCUGAAUUUUGGCUACUUCCUUCUUCUCUUCCUAUACAUCUAGGGAAGAUGUUUUGUUACUGUCGAAUGGUUUACAUGCCCAUGUCGUAUUUAUACGGAAAGAAAUUUGUUGGACCUAUAACACCUCUCAUUUUACAAUUGAGGGAAGAGUUGUAUGAUGAGUCGUACAAGGAAAUCAAUUGGAGGAAAAUGCGCCAUCUAUGUGCAAAGGAGGAUCUCUAUUAUCCUCAUCCCUUAAUACAAGACUUCAUUUGGGAUAGUUGUUACUUACUUACUGAGCCUUUUCUUACUCGUUGGCCUCUUAACAAGUUGAGGCAAAAAGCUCUUGAAGUUACCAUGAAACACAUUCAUUAUGAAGAUGAAAACAGUAGAUACAUCACAAUUGGGUGUGUGGAAAAGAUUCUCUGUAUGCUUGCUUGUUGGGUUGAGGAUCCAAACGGUCAAUAUGUUAAGAAACAUCUUGCUAGGAUCCCUGAUUACCUAUGGGUUGCUGAAGAUGGAAUGAAAAUGCAUAGCUUUGGCAGUCAACUGUGGGAUACUGGAUUGGCUAUUCAAGCAUUGUUAGCCAGUGGGUUAACUGAUGAAAUUGAAGAUACUCUUCGAAAAGGGCAUGAUUUCAUUAAAAAAUCUCAGGUUAAGGACAAUCCUUCAGGUGAUUUUAGGAGAAUGCAUAGGCACAUUUCUAAAGGGUCAUGGACCUUUUCGGAUCAAGAUCAUGGAUGGCAAGUUUCAGAUUGUACUGCUGAAGGGCUAAUGUGUUGCCUUAUCUUCUCUACAAUGUGCCCUCAACAUUUUGGCAAGCAUUUGGAACUUGAACGAUUAUAUGAUGCAGUUAAUAUACUACUUUCAUUACAGAGCAAAAAUGGUGGUUUGCCGGCAUGGGAGCCCACUGGAGCACCAGAAUGGUUGGAGAUGCUAAACCCAACAGAAUUUCUCGCUGACGUUGUUAUUGAGCAUGAGUAUGUGGAGUGUACCGCUUCAUCAAUUCAAGCCCUCGUCCUUUUCAAGAAAUUGUACCCUGACCACCGAACGAAAGAGAUAGAAAAUUUCAUCACCAAUGCUACAAAGUACAUUGAAAAUGUGCAAAGACCUGAUGGUUCAUGGUAUGGAAAUUGGGGCAUAUGCUUCACAUAUGGCUCUUGGUUAGCCCUUCGAGGCCUAGCUGCAGCAGGAAAAACGUAUAACAAUUGUGCGUCUGUCUGUAAAGGUGUUGAUUUUUUGCUAAGUACGCAGAGGGAUGAUGGUGGUUGGGGAGAAAGUUCCCGCUCUUGUCCCGAAAAGAUAUAUCGACAACUUGAAGAAAAUCACUCAAAUUUGGUACAAACUUCAUGGGCCAUGUUGGGCCUGAUCUAUUCUGGCCAGUCGAAUAGAGAUCUAAGGCCGCUCCAUGCUGCAGCAAAGCUUAUAAUAAACUCUCAAAUGGAAAAUGGUGACUUUCCGCAGCAGGAAAUGGUAGGAGUUUUUAUGAGGAACUGCAUGUUACACUAUGCAACAUAUAGAGACAUCUUUCCUAUAUGGGCUUUAGCAGAGUACCGGAAGUGCAUGUCUUUACCAUCAUCCACAAAGAUCUAACCAUUUUUAAGUCCGCAUAAUUGCACACCAUUAUAGUAAGGGAUUUGCCAAGUUAGUUCUUAUAUAAACUAUAAUUUUUUGCUUUACUUUAAGCCAUGAAUUCUAUAUACACAUUUACUCUCUUACUUUUGAAGGAUGUUAUCUUUGUUUUUUAUUAUAUAUUGAUGAGAACUCAUUUUAAUUAAAGGCAAAACUUAAUAUCGUUCCUUC